AUGGCCGGCAACAUUAUGACAUUCAUCAACCCACCCCCCGGAAAUCACCAGCACGAUUUUGGCGACAGCCCAAUGUAUCAAGUGGGCAGCGUGGUGGAUAUUGCCUGGACGCCGGCCAAUAGUCCCGGGGUACAAACGUCACUGACGUUGUGGCAACUUAAUGAGACCACGGGCGUUUAUAUUGGGGAUCAGGAGUACAUCAGCCGUAAGGCUGUCGAUAUCACAACCUUCAAGUGGAUCGUGGCCACAAGCAAGGCCCUGUCGGUUUCCCGAAUGUUCUACCUCAGUAUUUUCCGGGAAGGACAGCUCGAUUCUGACUCGGAAAGCCAUACGUUCUUCAUCGUGGAGUCCGACAAACAUUCCCCGCCACCACCAACAUCAACAUCGAAAUCAUCGUUUGGAAACUCAGUUUCCCCUUCGUCCUCAGGUUCCUCCUCAUCCUCAGCUUCUCCUUCAUCCUCGAUUGCCACCUCAUCCUCGGCUUCUUCCUUAUCAGCCGCUUCCCCAUCAUCUUCAGCCUCCUCGUCAUCCUCAGCUUUAAUUACGGAGCAAUCAGGAUCGCCCCCCGCCGCUGCAUCCCCAUCCACCGGAACCAACCCCCAUACCACUACCCCACCGACCACCAGACAGACAAAUACUUCCUCAGGACCUGCAUCUCCCCAUACGGCUACAGACACCAUCGAACCAUCGACAAAUCCCAGUGACACACCUGUAUCCAACAACGGUCUCGACACGGGCGCCAUCAUUGGAAUCAUCCUUGGUAUCACUUGCGUUGUAGUUUUGGGUGCCAUUUUCGGUUUCCUGCUUUUCAAGCGGCGAAAGAUGCGAGCGCGGGCGCGAAUGGGGAAGAAAUACAACGGCAUGGUUGAGGACCAGUCCGCUGGUCCCUUUGAGAAAUGGGCUGGCACGCCGAGGUUCAUGGGGAACGGGAUGAUUUACCAAAUCUCACCGUCAGAGUUACCUGUCCCGCCGACAGAGCUCCCCACGGGAUUAGAGAAGCCUCAGGUGUACGAACUGCCUUAA